GUACAGCACUACGCCACGGUUAACAAAUGGCGUCCCGUCUUUUGUUUUGUUAACUGUAUCAAUAAAAAGUAGAGUAGUAUUAUUGGUUUUUAUUAUUCCUCAACUUAAGCAUUAUAGUGUUUGUACUUAGAUUAUUUAAGAUUAUUACCGACCUGAAAAUAGUUAACUCGCGUAUUAGUAUUUAUUAAGACAUAACCUAUAAAUUAAGUGCCGAUAAAAUGACAACCACGGAAGAAACUACCGAAAUUGACUGGGGAAACGAAAGGUUAAGCCGAGCCCAACGUGCAGUAGAAGCCAACACUUACGAUGUGGACUCCUGGUCUCUCCUCAUCCGUGAGGCUCAAACGAGGCCCAUCAAUGAGGUCCGGCCCAUGUAUGAGAAGUUAAUCACUGCGUUUCCGACAACGGGCCGGUAUUGGAAGAUUUAUAUUGAACAGGAGAUGAAAGCAAGGAAUUUCGAAAAAGUGGAAAAGUUGUUCCAGCGGUGUUUAAUGAAAAUCCUCAACAUUGAGCUAUGGAGGCUGUAUCUCAAUUAUGUGAAGGAAACCAAGUGCAUGCUGCCUACUUACAAGGAAAAAAUGGCCCAGGCGUAUGAUUUUGCUCUCGACAAAAUUGGUUUGGACAUCCACGCGUACCCAAUAUGGAAUGACUACAUAACGUUUCUGAAGAGUGUAGAAGCCGUCGGAUCUUAUGCGGAAAACCAGAAGAUUUCUGCUGUCAGAAAGGUAUAUCAAAGAGCGGUGAUCACCCCCAUUAUUGGAAUAGAAACUCUAUGGAAAGACUACAUAGCGUUUGAACAGAGCAUCAAUACUAUUAUUGCCGAACGUAUGGCAAUGGAGCGAUCUCGAGAGUACAUGAACGCGCGCCGCGUAGCAAAAGAAUUAGAAACAGUGACUAGAGGCCUGAACAGGAACAUGCCAGCCACGCCACCUACUGCUGACCGAGAAGAAAUGAAACAGGUGGAAUUAUGGAAGAAAUACAUAACCUGGGAGCGCUCAAAUCCUCUACGUUCUGAAGACACGGCACUAGUGGCUCGUCGUGUCAUGUUUGCCAUAGAACAGUGUCUGCUGUGCUUGGCUCAUCAUCCUGAUGUAUGGCAUCAGGCUGCUCAGUUCCUGGAUCAUUCUGCAAAGCUUCUGCAGGAAAAAGGGGACUCGAACGCAGCUCGGCUGUUCUCGGACGAGGCGGCGGCGGUGUACGAGCGGGCGACUAGCGGCCCGCUCAAGCAGAGUACUCUGUUGCAUUUCGCACAUGCUGAUUAUGAAGAGAGUAGACUGCAUUAUAAUAAGGUACACCAAGUAUACACUCGGUAUUUGGACAGUGAGGACAUUGACCCCACGCUAGCAUAUGUGCAGUACAUGAAGUUCGCGCGGAGGGCGGAGGGUAUCAAGUCUGCUAGGACUGUCUUCAAGAGGGCAAGAGAGGACCCACGGUCCCGUUACCACGUAUUCGUAGCAGCCGCUUUAAUGGAGUACUAUUGCUCCAAAGACAAGAACAUAGCGUUCCGUAUCUUCGAGCUCGGCUUGAAGAAGUUCUCGCACAUACCCGAGUACGUGCUGUGCUACAUCGACUAUCUGUCGCAUCUUAACGAGGACAACAACACCCGGGUCCUAUUCGAGCGAGUGCUAUCAUCAGGCAGUUUGAAACCAGAGAGUCAGGUUGACAUAUGGAACCGGUUCCUGGAGUUCGAGUCCAAUAUCGGAGACCUGGUCAGCAUUGUCAAGGUCGAGAAGAGGAGGCAGGCUGUGCUGGAGAAGAUAAAAGAGUUUGAAGGCAAGGAGACAGCUCAACUGGUGGACAGAUACAAGUUUCUGGACUUGUAUCCUUGCAGCAUUGCUGAGCUCAAAUCCAUUGGGUAUACAGAGGUGGCAUCAAUGUCGAACAAAUCCUGGGCUCUGGGCGGACCUUUAGCUGGCAUAUCGCCCGAACUAGCCGCCGUUAUACUCGGACAGAAAGAUAACGACCCGAACAAAGACAUAGCUCGUCCGGACACGAGUCAGAUGAUACCCUACAAGCCUAAAGUCAACCCGCUGCCCGGAGAACAUCCUAUACCAGGCGGCACGUUCCCGAUGCCCCCGGCAGCAGCACACCUGUGCACGCUGAUGCCGCCGCCGCCGUCCUACCGCGGCCCCUUCGUCGCCGUCGACCGACUCAUGCAGCUCUUCAACAGGAUCUCGCUGCCGGACAAGCCGCCCGCGCCGACGCAAGAGAACGGCUGCGACACGAAACUGUUCGACUUGGCGCGCUCAGUGCACUGGAUAGUCGACGACGACGGCAUCACUACUGUCGCUAGCAAGGCUCGUCGAAGGAAAAUGGGUGAGGAUUCAGAUGAGGAGGAGUUGGGCGUAGCGCCGCCCGCCAACGAUAUCUACCGCCAGAGACAACAGAAACGAGUUAAAUAAACUCCUUCUUACAUAUUAUACUAUACAAAGUUUGUCCUACCUAAUCAUAUUAAAUUAAAUACGUUAAUUAUAAUAUGUCGAUUAACACAAAGAAAAAAUACAAAAAAAGGAUUUUUCCAACAAAAUAAAUACAAUAAAAAUGUGCGAGAA